CUGAAAAGGCAAGAGAAGGACGGAGAGGGAGAGAGAGAGAGAGAGGGAGAGAGGGAGAGAGGGAGAGGGACUCUGUCACUCACUUUUAGUAAAGCCAAACACGCACACAGAAAGAUACCUGGAGUCCAAGUGAGCCUCUCUGCUACAGAGCUGAUCAAGGUGUUCAGCGGCAGAGAUUUACUUUGGCUACAAGGACAGAAGACUCAUACACAUAGAAACACACACUACACGUACAGUCAUUUUUGAGCUGCUCCCCUCCUCUUGCACUUUUUUAGACUAUCCUGCUCUUUUGCUCUGGUGGACAGCCAGCGAUGUCGUGGGACUGUGGCCUUAGGUACAUGUUCUCCGUGUCCCCCCCGCUGCAGCCAGGGAGCAUGUGCAUCCUGCAUGACAAGGAGGACCUGUCCAGACUGGAGAUGGUCCAGAGACUGGCCAAGGAUGGCUGCCGCUUCCUGCAGAACCACAGCAAGGGCCCGGAGAGGACAUGCGAGCCCCAGAGUGACGAGGCAGUCCGAGUGUGUCUGCGGGAGAGGGGCCACGAUGUGCUCGUUCUCCAGAGAGUGUCGUCAGAGCGGCCAGCCCUCCCCGCAUCGGCGAGGGGAGGAGGGAGGGAGGAGGACUCGUCCACUGACUCUGUUGUGUCCGACAGGUUCAUGGUGGUAUCAGGGACCCCGGAGAAGAUCCUGGAGCACUUGCUGAAUGAUCGGACACUGGACGACGACCAGGGGACGACACAGGUCAAAGAGUCAGACACACUUCUGGAUGACUUCCUGCUGACCUACCCAGUGUUCAUGUCAACCAGUGAUUUAUGUCAAGCUCUGCUGGGACACUAUUGCACCAAGCGAUGCCGAGGGAAAGAGGACAGGAAGGAGUCGCUGGAGAGGAAACGAAAAGUCCUGCACCUGGCGUCGCAGUGGAUGUCUCUCUGCAGAGACUUCCUGAGAGAGGACGAGCACGUCAAACUCUUCAUGAAGACUUUGUACCGCCACGUGUUGGACGACCUCUACGAGCACCCCGCCCUGGAGACAGAUGUGAGGGAGCUGCAGCAACUCUACCAGCUGCAUCGCAGACACACUGUGGAUGAAUAUUCACCGCAGAGAAAGAGCAAAGCACUUUUCCACCAAUUGAGCCUGAAAGAGAACGGGCUCCAGUCCAGAAGCACGCAGAGGGAGACCAAGGAUGUGCUGUGUCAUGUGUACAUCACUUUGGAAUCGUACCUGAGCACCAAGGCCCAUGCAGGAGUAGUGGCCCAGGAGCUGCUGCAGGCGGUGGCAGAGAGGAUGGAUGUCCCCCAGGGGGAACUAGUCCUUGUAGCUGUGACUUAUACUGGAGGUCGACUCCUCCUGCAGCCUCAGGACAGAGUUUUCUCUGAUUCUCUCCGGCCGGUGGGGAGGUUGCACAUAUGCAGGAAAGACCUGGGAGAAGUCCUGUAUCCGUUCACAGACAACUCCGAGCUGCAGCAGAGGACGGCUCGCAUGUUCACGUUAAACACGUGGGACGUGGCUGUUGCUCUAACCAACUUUGACUGGUCCAUCUUUGACUCGAUACAUGAGCAAGAACUGGUCUACUUCACCUUCAGCCGCCAUGCCAGCAGUCACCACACUGUGGCGUUAGAGCUGCUGCUGCAGCGCUGCAAUGAGGUGCAGCUGUGGGUGGUCACUGAGGUGCUGCUGUGCCCAACCCUCUGCAAGAGGGUCCAACUCAUCAAGAAGUUCAUCAAGAUCGCCGCCCACUGUAAAGCACAGAGGAACCUCAACUGUUUCUUCGCCAUUAUAAUGGGCCUGAACGCUGCAGCGGUCGGCCGCCUCAGUCAGACAUGGGAGAAAAUUCCUGGGAAAUUCAAAAAGCUUUUCUCAGAGCUGGAGGCAUUUACAGAUCCCUCGCUGAACCACAAGGCCUACAGGGACUCCUUCAGGAAGAUGAAGGCGCCAAAGAUCCCCUUUCUUCCUCUGCUGCUGAAAGACAUCACAUUCAUCCACGAGGGCAACAAGACGUUCCACGAUAACCUGGUCAAUUUUGAAAAGCUGCACAUGAUCGCAGACGCAGUGCGGCUCAUUCGACAGUGUCAGAGAGAUCACAUGGGAAACGGCAUCACCCAGAAGAGCAGCCCUGAGGUGCGAGCCUACAUCGAUUAUCUUCAUAUCAUCGACAAUCAGCAGACUCAGUUUGAACUGUCACACAGGCUGGAGCCUCGUGCUUAGACAGCAGCUCCCACUGUGCUUCCCAUCGCCACGGAAAACAACCCCCUCCGUCUCCUCUAUCUCUCAGGACUCAAAGUCAGAGGAGGCACUGCGUGACCCUGACCGACCACAGGAGGGAGCCGCUCAAUCAGGAAUCUCUCACCAGAGACAGGAAGGAGAAGAAGGCACAUCUUAGGUUUGACUUGUGCUGAAACCAUUCAACACCAGCAGCAGGUGUUGACCCGUGUGUGUGUGUGUGUGUGUGUGUGUGUGUGUGUGUGUGUGUGUGUGUGUGUGUGUGUGUGUGUGUGUGUGUGUGUGUGUGUGUGUGUGUGUGUGUGUGUGUGUGUGUGUGUGUGUGUGUGUGUGUGUGUGUGUGUGUGUGUGUGUGGUCCUGCUGCUGCUCUGUCCUACAUCAGAUCAAGUGCUGUUCUGAAAAUAACCCAGCAGCGCCCCCCUGUGGUGAACCAGUAGCCUGCAGAAAGAAGCGUGUGCAGGCAAAGUCCCUCACAUCCAAUAAAAAGCAACAAAAAAUGAAUGUGGACAAAAAGUGUUGAGCGUGGAGGAUCAUUCUCGACCAAUCACCUGCCUUUUCAGAGCUUUUACAACACAUCACAUACACGACUCUAACAUGCGUGUUCCAUCUUAAUGUGUCGACAGACCGUGUGAAUGAAUUUGGCAACGACAGAAAGUCACAAGAUUUAACCAAAGAGUAUUUCAGUCCUGUACUGUGCACACACAUCUGUUUCCUCAGAGUUUCAUACAAUCCAGAUGUUCUCUUCUGCCUAAAGCUGGAUGUGCAGUCACCGCUCACUCAGCACAGCGUUAGUACUACAAGCCGAUGUCUCACUAAACUAGAUCAAGUCUUAAGACACAGAGAAAAGUAUUGUUAAACCUACAGAUGAAUAUUAAACAUUUUCAUAUAUCGUUUUCCUGAUUUAUUUUUACAUCAUAGUAUUCUCAAAUGGUUUUCCUUUUGUUUUAAGUGCAGUGAAGUUGUUGAGCCUUUACACAGGCCAGAUAGUGCAGGACAUUAGAAGAGGAUAUACAGUACACUGGGUUUCUUUGGUGUAUGAGUGUCUGUCAAAUGUGUGUGUGUGUGUGUGUGUGUGUGUGUUCUAAUUGUGUAUGUUAGUGCCAAAUACCAUAAAAAUGCUCUUUCAAUAAAAAAAUAAACUGCUAAUCAUCGCUAAGUAUCGACAUUAGGAUCCAUGUAGAGCUUUGGACAAUCAGCAGACACAUCUUGUUCUUUCUUUACAGGUUUAAACACAAUAUGGUGGAAUUUUUCCUUGUUUCAAAGGAUCAGACACGCAGGUAGUUUUGUUUUGUUUUGUUCAGGUUUAGCUUUUAGCUUUUGGAUUGUGGGACUGCAGCGACACGUCUUUACAAAGACAACAACACAAUGACUCACAGCUUUGCCAACAGUAAAGCGAUGCUGUGUUUUUGUGGUGAACUGUCUAUGAAUGAAGAGCAAUAGCAAAAUUAAAUACUGCAGCACCUUCUGGAGGAAGAUAUCGAAAAAUCGAAGCCAUUUGCUCGUGUACAAUGUGUUGUAACACUAGCGUAUACAACCGUAGAGCUUGUAGUCAUGUGAGAGGGAAUUUAGUCUCUAAAUUGAUCUGUGCAAAAUGUUCACUUUUCCUCUAACAUGAGGUCAUUCUGAGUAGAUGAAGUGUUGAGUGGAAUCUUUCUUUAUUUUCUUUGUAUAUUUUUGCAUUUUAAAGCCGAUGGUGAACAGUAUCUUUUUCCUUAAUUAUAAUUUUUAUCAUCAAAAAUGUACAGUUCAUUUUAUUUAUACUGUAUAUAUUUAUAUACAUGUUUAAAUUCUGGAUACGGAUAUUUAUUUAUUUCAGAAUUAUUUAUUUGUUCUACAGAUUUUACAGUUUCCUUUCUGUUAGAUUUUUAUUUCUUGUACGCACUGUUUGGGCCGGUCUGCAGGAUGUGGUAAAACCCCACGGAUUGACCACCGCUGUCGACUGUGCAUGCAAUAAAAUACUUUUCAUCAUCA